CCGCGUCGGUGGGCGAGGGCGCCUUUGCCGUCGUGACGAUGACGUUGUGGGCGCUGAGCGACGCGUCGCACGGCGGCGCCGCGUGCGGGGGAGGGAACGGUGCCGCUGCCGGCGCUGGAGGCGGCGGAGGCGGCGGAGGCGGAGGCAGCGGAGGCGGCGGAGGCGGCGGAGGCGGCGGAGGCGGUGGCAGCGGAGGCAGCGGAGGCGGCGGAGGCGGCGGAGGCGGAGGCAGCGGAGGCGGAGGCAGCGACGGAGGAGGGAGUGGAGGUGAGCUGUCGGCGAUCGACGAGGCGGGCGGCGAGUGUAGCGGCGCACCUUCCGCGGUCGAGUAUGCGGCGGAGGGUGCGGACAGCACGCGCCAGGUGCAGGAGGCGAUGAGGAGAGUACGGGACGAGCGGCGGGCGACGGCGGGCGAGGUGGCGGAGGAGGAGGAGGGCGGUGGGGCGGCGGGGGCGGCGCUGCCUUCCUCGCCCCUCCUCGUCUCGACCGCUUCUUGGGAGGGCGGCGAGGAGGGAGGAGGAGGGGAGGGGGGCGGGCCGGCAGCGGCCGUGGUGGCUCGCGCUUCAGCCUCUGGAGGCGGCGCCGACGGCGGUGCCGCAGGUAGCGGCGGCGGCGCGGGCGGGGGGGUGGAGACGGUGGAGGAGACGUUUGACGAGACGCUCGACGAGUACGGCUUCUGCGUGCGGGAGGCUCACGCCGAGGCGUACCGCGCGAGCCACCGCCUCAGCCAGGCCGACCUCAAGCUGUGGAGGGAGAGGUGGGCGGCGGCGGUGCGCGGCAGCGCGUGGGGCGGCAGGCUGCCUCCGUGGGUCGUGGCGCUCGGCCGGUCGCGGAUGUCUCGAGCGCGGCCUCACUUGUGGCUGAGCGCGACCGGCGCCGCCCGCCGCAUGCACACCGCGCAGCGCAGCUACGCCACGCUCGUCGAGAUGACCUCCGCCGCGGCGCUGCCCGACGCAAAGCAAGUGGAGUCGGACUUGCCGCGCACUUUCCCCACCCACCCGCUCUUCCGGCGCAGCGGGCCUGCGCGCGCGGCGCUGAGGCGCGUGCUCCUCGCGUACGCCGUCCACGACCCCGCCGUCGGCUACUGCCAGUCGCUCAACUUCGUGGCCGCGAUGCUGCUGCUUGUGGCGGGGGAGGAGGGAGCCUUCUGGCUGCUCGACGCAAUCUGCCGCAGCGUGCUGCCCGACUGCUACACCCUGCAGAUGACGGGUCUCUCGAUCGACACGCGCGCCUUCGCGACGCUGUUCAAGGCGGCGCUGCCCGAGCUGCACGCCCACUUCCAGCGGAUCGAGGUCCCGCUCGAGAUCUUGGCGUCGCAGUGGUUCCUCUGCCUCUUCACCAACGUGCUGCCCACACCCACGCUGUUGCGGCUGUGGGACCACACUCUCUGCGGCGGCGGCGUCAGCACGCUUGACGCUGCGGCGCUCACGCUGCUCGCGCGGCUCGAGAAGCGGCUGAGGCGCGCCGAGGACGUCGGUGCCGUGUAUGAGAUCAUCGGCACGUGCGGGCCCGCUCUCUGGCAGUCGAACGACUUCAUGAACCAGCUAGACGAGACGCUCCUCUCGGCGGACCCGCAGGGGUCGCUCCGAGCCGCCGUCAGGGAGGAGCGCGAGGCGGAGCGGGCGGCGUGGCUCGGACGGGCGCUCGAAGGGACGCGGCUCACUCACAGCCACCUCGCAGUCCUCGGUGUGCUCUCGCCGCGCGCCGCCGCCGCCGCCGCCGCAACGGCCGCCGCCGCCGCGGGCGGCGACCUGCAGCUGCGAGUCGAGGCGGCGGCGGCGGCCGCCGCCGCCGCCGCCGCGCCGACGUCGACCGCGAGGGGGGGCGGCGCAUUGCUUCGGGAGGCGCACCUGGAUCGGCACUACGACGCGCGCGCGCUGCGGCUCGCCCUCUGCCGCGUGUGCGAUCCGCCUCCGGACGAGGAGCAGGCGGCGAAGCUGCUCGUUGCGGUCAAUGGAGCGGCGGGCGGCGGCGCGGUGCCCCUGCGGCGCCUCCUGCUCGCGUUGCGGCCGACAGAGCCAAACGAUUCGUCGCAGAGGCUCGAGGCGGCGCUGGCACGGCUGGGGCUGCAGCUGCGCUGGGACGGUGGCUGAACUCGACGCGCUCAACACAGUCGACCCAUUGCAAAUUUUGUGUCAUCUGUCAAACGAACUCGAAACACAGGCCGCUCACAGGCGCUAACACUCACAGCACGCACAGGACACAAGCGCCCGUGGCGCUGUGGGCGCGCACCAUCCAGUACAAAAGAGACACGAGCGAGUCGCGCGCGGGGCGUGGUCCGUUGCGCGCGUUGGAGUCCCAGUCCGGAGAGCUCUCAAAGUACAAAGACAAAGUCCU